AUGGCAGCUCACUCUUUGAUCAAGGGCCUCAUCGUCGGGUCAGGUCUCCUCGCGGCCGCCGUGCAGGCUUCCUCGGGAGAUCAUCGCCUGAAUGCUCGAGACAAUGGCGGCUACAGGCCUGAGCCCCAGGGACAUUUUGUCUGCGUCGAGCAGCACAAGAUCGUCAAGGUGACCGUCGGUGAACCCGGGGGCGAGUGCACCAUGACGACCGCGUACCCCGGGACCUCUGUUGGAUAUCCCCCGGGGACUACCCUUACCCCGACGCCAACCUCAACGCCGCCGCCGGCCUUCUCAUGCGAUGAGGGUGGCUACCUCGUCCAGGGGACAGUUCUGUACCGACUCAACUUGGAGACUGGCGACAAUCCGGCUGUCAACGAGAACGUCGGGCCUGGCGGUAACAUCAAUGCCAUCGGUUAUAAUAUCCUUGACAAUUACCUCUAUGGCUUUGUGGCCGUGAGUGGCGGCCGGUGGCAGCUGAUCCAGAUUGACGCCGAGGGUGGUCACCAACUGCUUCCCCUCACGGUUGACCGUUUCUACAGCACGGGAGAUAUUGACGCCAACGGUCAGCUGUGGAUUGGGGCAUCUGGGACUACGGCUUGGGCACAGAUCGACCUGGACCCUGAUUCGGCGAGGUACGGACAGCUCGUAGAUUCGGGUACUAUGAAAGUCCCAGGAAACUUCGUUGCUGACUGGGUGUUCCUUGAGAACGGCGGCCCAUACCUCUACUCGAUUGCCUGGUCGACCACAGCUCGCCUUGUUCGCUGGUCCAUCGAGAGAAAGGAGUGGACGGAGGUCCGUGACUACGGCAACGUCACGCCCGCGGCGCCUCAGUUCGGCGCCCUGUACGCUGUUGGCGAUGAGAUGUGGGGAAGCGACAACGCCUCUGGCAAAAUCAUCGCGUUCCCUGUCCUGGACGAUAAUGCGCCGGCGAGGGAUAUCAGCGCAGGGCCGCCAUCGAACAGCAACGAUGGUGCGCGUUGCUUCGCUGCCCCAGCACCUUCGAACCGCUAA